CUCAUGGUGCCCAGACGUCCUGGCUAUGGCACCAUGGGCAAACCCAUUAAACUGCUGGCCAACUGCUUCCAAGUUGAAAUCCCAAAGAUUGAUGUCUACCUCUAUGAGGUGGAUAUCAAACCAGAUAAGUGUCCUCGGAGGGUGAACAGGGAGGUGGUGGAUUCAAUGGUGCAGCAUUUUAAAGUGACAAUAUUUGGGGACCGUAGACCAGUUUAUGAUGGGAAAAGAAGCCUCUAUACAGCCAAUCCGCUUCCCGUGGCCACUACUGGGGUGGAUUUGGAUGUGACAUUACCAGGAGAAGGUGGAAAAGAUCGUCCCUUCAAAGUGUCAAUAAAGUUUGUUUCUCGGGUGAGCUGGCACUUGCUGCAUGAAGUUUUGACAGGAAGAACCUUGCCUGAGCCUCUGGAACUAGACAAACCUAUCAGCACUAACCCUGUUCAUGCUGUCGAUGUGGUGCUACGACACCUCCCCUCCAUGAAGUAUACCCCUGUGGGCCGCUCCUUUUUCUCAGCUCCAGAAGGCUAUGAUCACCCCUUGGGGGGGGGUAGGGAGGUCUGGUUUGGAUUCCAUCAGUCUGUUCGGCCUGCCAUGUGGAAGAUGAUGCUCAAUAUUGAUGUUUCUGCCACUGCCUUCUACAAAGCACAACCUGUAAUUCAGUUUAUGUGUGAAGUUCUUGACAUUCAUAAUAUUGAUGAACAACCAAGACCUCUGACUGAUUCUCAUCGGGUAAAAUUCACCAAAGAGAUAAAGGGUCUAAAGGUAGAAGUGACUCACUGUGGAACGAUGAGAAGGAAAUACCGUGUGUGUAACGUGACCAGGCGGCCAGCGAGUCAUCAAACGUUUCCUUUGCAGUUAGAAAAUGGCCAGACUGUGGAGAGAACAGUAGCACAGUAUUUCAGAGAGAAAUACAACCUCCAGCUGAAGUACCCUCAUCUUCCUUGCCUGCAAGUGGGACAAGAACAGAAACACACCUACCUGCCUUUAGAAGUCUGUAACAUUGUAGCUGGCCAGCGGUGCAUCAAGAAGCUAACGGACAAUCAGACAUCAACUAUGAUAAAGGCCACAGCGAGAUCUGCUCCAGAUAGGCAAGAGGAGAUAAGCAGAUUGGUGAGAAGUGCAAAUUACGAUGCGGAUCCGUUUGUUCAAGAGUUCCAGUUCAAGGUCCGGGACGAGAUGGCGCACGUGACGGGGCGGGUGCUGCCGGCCCCCAUGCUGCAGUACGGAGGGCGGAAUCGAACGGUGGCGACCCCGAGCCAUGGGGUCUGGGACAUGAGAGGGAAGCAGUUUCACACUGGUGUUGAGAUCAAAAUGUGGGCUAUAGCUUGCUUUGCAACACAGAGACAAUGCAGAGAAGAAAUACUGAAGGGUUUCACGGACCAGCUGCGCAAGAUCUCCAAGGACGCGGGGAUGCCCAUCCAGGGCCAGCCCUGCUUCUGCAAGUACGCCCAGGGGGCAGACAGUGUGGAGCCCAUGUUCCGACACCUCAAGAACACCUAUUCGGGCCUUCAGCUCAUCAUUGUCAUCCUGCCAGGGAAAACACCCGUGUAUGCGGAGGUGAAGCGUGUGGGAGAUACACUGCUGGGAAUGGCCACACAGUGUGUGCAAGUCAAGAAUGUCAUUAAAACAUCACCACAGACCCUGUCAAAUCUGUGCCUGAAGAUCAAUGUUAAACUGGGAGGAAUCAACAACAUCCUUGUACCUCAUCAACGACCUUCUGUGUUCCAGCAGCCAGUGAUCUUUUUGGGAGCUGAUGUCACUCACCCUCCUGCUGGAGAUGGAAAGAAGCCUUCCAUAGCUGCUGUUGUAGGUAGUAUGGAUGCCCACCCGAGCCGGUACUGUGCCACGGUGAGAGUGCAGCGGCCCCGGCAGGAGAUCAUCCAGGACCUGGCCUCCAUGGUGAGGGAGCUGCUCAUCCAGUUCUACAAGUCCACACGGUUCAAGCCCACACGCAUCAUCUUCUAUAGGGACGGGGUCUCUGAAGGGCAGUUUCGACAGGUUUUGUAUUAUGAACUGCUGGCCAUUCGGGAAGCCUGCAUCAGUUUGGAGAAGGAUUACCAGCCUGGAAUAACCUACAUUGUGGUGCAGAAGCGACAUCAUACACGAUUGUUCUGUGCUGACAGAACAGAAAGGGGUACCAGCCGUCCCUCACACUAUCAUGUCUUGUGGGAUGAUAACUGUUUCACUGCAGAUGAGCUCCAGCUGCUGACCUACCAGCUCUGCCACACCUACGUGCGCUGCACGCGCUCGGUUUCUAUUCCCGCGCCGGCGUAUUACGCUCACCUGGUGGCGUUCAGAGCACGAUACCAUCUCGUGGACAAAGAACACGACAGUGCUGAAGGAAGCCAUGUUUCAGGACAGAGCAAUGGGAGAGACCCCCAGGCCCUGGCGAAGGCUGUACAGAUUCACCAAGACACCUUACGCACGAUGUACUUCGCUUAAGUCACUAAGAGGGGCGCGUGCUUACCGGGAGGAAGAACUGAAACUAAAGCCACAUACAAUGUAUGUUCCCGGCGGGGUUGGUUUAUGGGCUGUGCCUCCCACCCUGCUGGAGCUGACACUGUGCAGGGGGGAGAGGCUUAACCCUUAAAUUGACACAAGGAAGAUUGUUUACUUCAUCGAGGAACACAGCACUAUUAUGCAAUAUGAAACCAGCCAACUGCUUUUUGGCGCGGGCUCCUCCAGGAGGCACCGCCAUCAUCUUUCUUUGUUUAUUUUUCGUAGUUUAACCCUCUUAUGCCUUUACCUCAAGUUGCUGGGCAGCACAACUACCUUUGCAAAAAAAAA